AUGAACGAUUGGCCGGAGAUCUAUUUGGAUUUUGGUAACAAUACUGUCCAAUUCAAUUGGAAAAUGGACGAAAUUGACGAAGAUAUGCCAGGCCUUGAAGAGAUUCCUAUCGAUGUUGAUGUAUCAGUUCAAAAAAUUGACAAUUCAGCAAUGGGGCACAUCGAACCCUUCGCUUGGUCCAAUCAAGGAAAAAGUAUAGGAGACUGGGUCAAACAUAUCUGCUCGAUUUUUCGAUGCGAACUUUAUGAAGCUGAUUUUCAUAUUGGAAAGAUAAAAUACCAUGUGCAAUCCCUUCGGAAUAUUAUUCCGAAACUCAGUAAAGCCGGUAUUUAUUGUUUCACAGCUCAAACGAGUGAGCACGACAUUAAAAGUACUCAAAACAUUUUAACAACUUUUCUACCAUGUGUAAAACAUUUCCGAUUAUAUCGUGUCCCUCUCCAAGGCAACCUUUCCAUUCAACACAUUGGAAUGGCAAAUUUGAAAGAGUUGGAAGUAUAUUAUCCGCAAAAUCCGAAACUUGAUGAUCUUCUAACACUGAAUGCAGAACGUUGCACAAUUCUUGGAAAUCGAUUCUCGCUUCGCGACUUGAAUCGCUUCUUCAAACUGUGGACGAAAGGAUCCAAUCCAAGAUUGAAGUUUUUGAUGGUACAUGGAAACAAAGGAACCAUUCCGUCUAGAAACGUUCUGUAA